AUGUUGUCCGGGUUAUGUGGUAGUAAGGAACAAAUUUCAACUACUGGACCUCUAACCAGAGGAUUUACAAUUUCAGGUACAGGUGGUACAGAUUCAGUUCCAAUUGAUGCAAGCACAAAUGUUCUCUGUCAACAAGGUGAACAUUGUCAAGUUGAUCAAGAUGGAAGAGCACAUUGUUAUUUUAAUAUUGAAUCAAUUGGCACACUUCCAUUAGGUUCUUUAAAUGUGGUUUGUCAACCACAUCAACAUUGUGAAAUUGAUAAAAAUUCAGGUUUAGCUAAUUGUGUAUUAGAUAUUAAUCCAAUCCAUGGAUUCACUACAAUCGAUGCAUCUUCAACAGUUGCUGGAUCAUCUUUAACAACAACUGGUGGUGCCAGUACAAAAUGA